AUGCAGAUGGAAAGGAACACAUCAAGUUUGAAUUGUACGUCAACCAAAACGCGAAGAAAUGACUUUCCCACUCGUUCUAACAACUUCCCCCCUAGGCCACACCCGAUUGUUCAAAAAAUUGACGAGCAUUUGUGUAGAUUGAGGUCUUCCGAGGCCACUUCCAUAUCAUCAACAUCAAUCAGCCAAAAAUUAAGUGGUCUCCAAGACUUGCAUGAUUCUGUUGAGAGGUUGCUUCAGUAUCAGUUGCCCCUCACUCAACAGGCCUUGGCACAAGCGCAGAAUGAGAAAUGCACUACUGAGGUAUUAGACGGCUCUCUCAGGCCCUUGGAUGUUUGUGGAAGUGCAAAGGAUGCCCUUUCGCAAACCAAGGAAUGUGUUCAGGACGUUCAAUCAAUCAUAAGAAGACGGGGAGUUGAAUCUGGAGCACUCACAAGCAAGGUCAAGUACUUAACAUCCAGGACGACGGUAAAAAUGACAAUCAACAAGGCUAUGUCAAAUCUCAAGGGAAUCGAAAUCCAACCCAUCUCCCUCAACAACCACCAAGAAACGAUAGCCAUCGUUAGCAAGUUGUGA